UUUCGCCUCCCCUUUGUUUGGAACCUUAUCUGGCGCUCCUUCCUCUGUGUUCUUCUUCGUUGCCUUACUGCAGCAGGUAGCCCCAUGACAGCAGCUUCUCCACCUCCUCUCACCCCUCCCCAGUUGCCAUUCUCCCCCCGGAGACCUCCUCCCAGGCCCAUCUCCAAGGAGCUACACUUCAACCAUGACCUCUCAGCCACCAAGAAGCUUCAGGCUGGGGUAGAUUUAGUGGCUAAUUUGGUUGGAGUUACUUUGGGCCCGAAAGGAAGGAAUGUGGUGCUGAGUAACAAAUAUGGCCCUCCCAAGAUUGUUAAUGACGGAGAGACUAUCCUUAAGGAGAUUGAACUAGAAGAUGCAAUGGAGAAUGUUGGUGUUAAAUUGGUAAGACAAGCUGGUGCAAGGACAAAUGAUAUUGCCGGUGAUGGCUGCACUACUUCUAUUGUUCUUGCUCAAGGUUUGAUCUCCGAAGGCAAUAAGGUAUUAGCUGCUGGAAUGAAUCCUGUCCAAAUUGCCAGAGGAAUUGAACAAACUGCUAAAGUUCUUGUUUCUGAACUCAACUUACUGACAAGAGAGGUUCAGGAUGAAGAAAUUGCAAAUGUGGCAGCAGUGAGUGCUGGCAAUGACUAUGCUGUUGGAAAUAUGAUUGCUGAAGCUCUGAGAAGAGUUGGAAGAAAAGGAGUUGUUAGGAUUGAAGAUGGAAGAUGCUCAGAGACCAAUUUGAAAAUUGUUGAAGGAAUGCAGUUUGAUCGUGGUUACUUAUCGCCUUACUUUGUAACUAACCGUGCAGAUAUGACAGUGGAGUUCAAUGACUGCAAAAUACUUUUGGUUGACAAAAAGAUUACUAAUCCGAAGGAUAUGUUCAGAGUGUUGGAUAGUGCGGUCAAAGAGAAAUUUCAACUGUUGAUAAUUGCAGAGGACUUUGAGCCAGAGUCUCUUGCUCUACUUAUUAGAAAUAAGCUCAAAGGUGUUCUGAAGGCAGCUGCUAUCAAAGCUCCUUCUUUUGGAGAUCGAAAAAGUGACUACUUAAAUGAUAUUGCUGCCUUGACUGGAGGUACUGUGAUUAAAGAUGAGAUGGGAUUGACCCUUGAGGAGGCUAGCAAGGAGGUUUUGGGAUCUGCUGCCAAAGUAGUAAUAUCAAAGGACUCGACUUUAAUAGUUACCAAUGGAAGCACUCAGCAUUUGGUGGAAAAGCGGGUUAGCCAGCUUAGAAAUCUUUCAGAGUACUCAGAGGAGAAGUUCCAAAAGAAACUAUUGAACGAGAGGAUAGCAAGACUCUGUAGUGGUAUUGCAAUUAUUCAGGUUGGCGCACAAACGGUGGUUGAAUUAAAAGACAAAAAGCUGAGAAUUGAAGAUGCUCUAAAUGCGACAAAGGCAGCUAUUGAAGAAGGUGUUGUAGUUGGUGGUGGCUGCACUUUACUAAGAUUGUCCACAAAGGUUGAUGGCAUCAAGGAGUCUCUCGACAACGAAGAGCAGAAGAUUGGAGCUGACAUCUUUAAACGGGCCUUGAGUUACCCUGCAAAACUGAUAGCAAAAAAUGCCGGAGUAAAUGGCGAUGUUGUCGUCCAAAAGAUAUUGUCGAACAGCGAUGCGAACUAUGGUUACAAUGCAGCCAAGAACUGUUAUCAGGAUUUGGUUGCUGCUGGAAUUUUAGAUCCAUCCAAGACAGUGUUCUUUAACCUGCUGGAGCAGGUGGUCAGAUGCUGUUUGGAGCACGCUGCUUCAGUCGCAAAGGGUUUUCUCACAUCUGACCUGGUUGUUGUUGAUCGAAAACAAACAGAGACUGCCCCAAUGAGAGUUCCGGCGAAAAGGCCACUUCCGAUGUCAAAACCGAUGCGACCACCACCAAUGCCGUCGCCGAAUUUGAUGCGAAUGCCCGGUGCUCGAUCCCUUUCUCAGAUUUGAAACUCCAUUGACAUUAGCUGUGCGGCUUAUACCUAAAACAGUGCAUGAUGAAAGAGAGAGGAAACGAAAAGCCAAAAAAUUUAAGGAGUCAGCAUGGAAGUUUCUUUACUUCUGUUCAGGAGAGCUUCUGGCCGUUUAUGUUACAUACAAUGAACCAUGGUUCACAAAUACCAAAUACUUUUGGGUCGGACCAGGAGAUCAGGUUUGGCCUGAUCAAAAAAUAAA